AUGUCUGGACGCGGUAAAGGAGGCAAAGCAAAGGGAAAGGCAAAGAGCCGAUCCACCAGGGCUGGACUUCAGUUCCCAGUAGGAAGAAUCCACCGUCUUCUUCGCAAAGGAAACUACGCCAAGCGUGUGGGAGCUGGUGCCCCAGUCUACCUGGCUGCCGUUCUCGAGUACUUAGCUGCUGAGAUCUUGGAGUUGGCCGGUAACGCUGCCCGUGACAACAAGAAAAGCAGAAUCAUCCCCCGUCAUCUUCAGUUGGCUGUCCGCAACGACGAGGAAUUGAACAAACUUCUCGGAGGCGUCACCAUCGCCCAAGGAGGUGUCCUCCCCAACAUCCAGGCUGUACUUCUGCCCAAGAAGAGCAAGGCCAGCAAAGCAUAA